AUGACAUUCAGAGAGCAACCAAAAGGAUUUGCAACCAAAGCAAUUCAUGUGGGUCAAGAACCAGAACAAUGGUCACAUCAUUCCGUCAUUCCACCUUUGGUGACGAGCACCACCUUCAAGCAACCGGCUCCAGCCGAACCAAUUCUUUAUGAGUACAGUCGCAGUGGAAAUCCAACUCGUGAUGUGCUUGAAAAAUGCUUGGCUUCGUUGGACAACGGCAAAUAUGGUUUGGCAUUCUGCAGUGGUCUUGGCACAACAACAAUCCUUACACAGCUUUUGAGUGCUGGUGAUCACAUUAUUUCGUGCGAUGAUGUGUAUGGUGGCACAAAUCGUCUCUUCUCCAAAGUCACAUCGCGCCAAGGUAUCGAAAUUGAUUUCGUUGACGCACUCAAUUUGGAUAAUGUGAAGAAGGCAAUCAAGAAGAACACACGAAUGAUCUGGAUUGAAACUCCAACCAAUCCAUGCAUGAAAGUCUUGGACAUCGAAGCCAUUUCGAAAGUGGCUCAUUCUCAUGAAAAUAUUAUUGUUGUUGUUGACAACACAUUCAUCACAUCGUACUUUCAACGUCCGUUGGAAUUGGGAGCAGACAUUGUGGCUUAUUCGAUUAGUAAAUACAUGAACGGGCAUUCGGAUGUAAUCAUGGGUGCUGCCGUUCUUAACGAUGAGAAAUUGUACGAGCGCAUCAAAUUCUUGCAAAAUGCUUCCGGAAUUAUUCCGGCUCCAUUCGAUUGCUAUCAAGUGAAUCGCAGUUUGAAAACAUUGUCGCUGAGAAUGGAACAACACUGGAAAUCAUCGGUGAUUGUCGCCAAAUUCUUGGAAUCACACGAUGGCGUUGAACGUGUUCUGCAUCCAGGUCUUCCAUCGCAUCCACAAUACGAAUUGGUGUUGAAACAAACUUAUGGCCACAGCGGUAUCAUGUCAUUCUACAUCAAGGGUGGUUUGAAGGAGUCAAAGAAAUUCUUAACAUCGCUUAAAGUAUUCACAUUGGCUGAAAGUUUGGGAGGUUACGAGAGCCUUGCUGAGCUACCAUCGUUGAUGACUCACGCUUCAGUGCCAGCAGAGCAACGCAACGCCUUGGGAAUCAAUGAUUCAUUGAUUCGUCUAUCGGUUGGGUUGGAAGAUGCAGAAGACCUCGUCAAAGACUUGAAACAAGCAUUAAAAGCCGCCUUUGAAUAAAUCUUUAUCAUUCUAAGAAUUGGCCCCAGUAAGGCUAGCUUUAAGCUUAAUGAAGCUAUAGUUAUUCUACUUUUUUUCAUUUUCCCCGAAUUCCAAAAAUUAAUACAUUUAAUGUUUGAAACGUUUUUUUAUAUACAAGUAUUGUUGUAUUUCGUACAGAUUUUUUUUAUAACAAUUUUUAAUCAAUUUUAAGGAACAAAUACUUUUUCUACUAACUUAAAUAACAUAGUUUGUGUAAGCGCAAUAUAAACCGAAACGAAACAAAAAACAGAGGAAAAACGCUCAAAAAUAAAUUUGAUCCCUUUUAGUAUAUGAUGAGAUGGAAAUUUCCGUUUUAUUAACAUUGUUACAAACGUAUUGUGUCAUUGUUCACAUCCGAUAUAAUGUAUUUUGAUUAAAAUCUCAUUCAAUCCUA